GCCGCAAACAUGUCGAUUGGCGUCCCCAUCAAAGUGCUGCACGAAGCCGAGGGCCAUGUGGUGACCUGCGAGACCAACACCGGGGAGGUGUACCGGGGCAAGCUGAUCGAGGCUGAGGACAACAUGAACUGCCAGAUGUCCAACAUCACCGUCACUUACAGGGAUGGGCGUGUGGCACAGCUGGAGCAGGUGUACAUCCGUGGCAGUAAGAUCCGCUUCCUCAUCCUUCCGGACAUGCUGAAGAACGCUCCGAUGUUAAAGAGCAUGAAGAACAAAAACCAGGGCACUGGGGCUGGCCGAGGAAAGGCCGCCAUUCUCAAAGCUCAAGUGGCUGCGCGAGGGAGAGGCCGUGGUAUGGGACGAGGGAACAUCUUCCAGAAGAGGAGGUGAGGUCCUCCUCCCGCCUCACCGAAGGAUUUCCAGGAGCUUUAUGUAUUUGUUGUUUUAUAAUUCUGUAUACGGAGUCCAUUGUGUUGUGGCUGGUUGACAAUAAACAUUUUCCAUAAAAUGUG